AUGGAUCACCAACUCGACCGCAAAAAUUACACCAUAGGUUGGAUAUGCGCCUUGCCCUUAGAGUUCGCAGCGGCUAUUGCCAUGCUAGAUGAACAACAUCUACCGCUACCGCAAGAUAAACUAGAUGACAAUGCAUACAAGUUUGGGCGGAUAGGCUCUUACAAUAUCAUUGUUGCCUGUCUCCCGUCCGGCGUUUAUGGUGUAACGUCUGCGGGUAACGUCGCUACUCAGAUGCAUCGAAGCUUCCCGGAUCUAGAAGCUGCUUUGAUGGUUGGAAUCGCUGGAGGAGCACCUGACCCACCACGAUGUGAUAUAAGGUUAGGCGAUGUGGUAGUGAGUGAACCGACCGCGGGGUUCGGGGGGGUCUUACAGUACGAUUUUGGGAAAACAGAGAAAGAGGGCCGAUUCGUGCAGACCGGAGUCCUUAAUAAACCUCCCAAAAUGUUCCUCACGGCGAUAGCUAAACUGAAGUCAGAUUAUCUGCUGCAUAGUAAUCAGUCUGGACUAUCCGGAGGAAAUUCUCAAAAUAACAACGUCAGCGAAAUCAUAGCGAAUGCCCUAAAGAAUGGAACUGUCCCUCAGACCUUUUCUCGCCCACCUAACACUGCGAAUGAUAGCGACAGGCUCUUCCAAGCAAGUUACGAACACCCGUCUAUGAACUCAUCUUGUGAUGAAUGCAAUCCUAGCAUGAUUGUUGGUAGGGAGUCUCGCCCACAUGACCAACCAUGUAUUCACUACGGCUUAAUCGCAUCUGGUAACCAGGUUAUGAAGCAUGGCAUCAGCAGAGACCGUUUGGCUCGGGAGAAAAACGUAUUGUGCUUUGAAAUGGAGGCUGCCGGAAUAAUGGACGAGUUACCCUCGUUAGUCAUUCGAGGCAUCUGUGAUUACUCCGACAGUCACAAGAACAAAGUCUGGCAACCUUAUGCUGCUUUAUCUGCUGCUGCUUUCGCGAAAGAGCUCUUGCUCCAGCUUCCUUCCAGAGUUAGCGGGAUGAGCCAACCGGAAAGAAUUGUUCUCAACUUGCCUAUCGCCGAAGGGGCAGCAUAUGGGAGCUAUGUGGAUCAACAUAAGCCAGAGUGUUUGGCUGGAACUCGAAUAGAUCUCCUCGAGACCAUUUCAAACUGGAUAGAAGAUCCGCAUUCACAAGGAAAGAGUAUAUUUUGGCUAGUUGGCAAAGCAGGGACAGGGAAGUCCACGAUUUCUAGAACAGUGGCCCAUAACUUGCACACAAGCAACCGACUUGCAGCCAGCUUUUUCUUCAACCGAGAAGAAGGAGACCGCCGAACUGGUACCCGUUUCUUUACCACGAUUGCUGCUCAAUUAGCAAAUCAUUAUUCCUCCCUAGGGUCGAGAAUUCAAAGAGCAAUUCAACUUAAUCCCGAUAUUUCCACAAAAGCGUUAAACGAACAGUUCGACAAAUUAGUUCUACAACCCCUUUCGGGAACUAGGCUCGCGGCCCAUAGGGCAAAGUUAGUUCUGGUAAUUGAUGCACUCGACGAGUGUGAGGAGAAGGAAAAUAUCAGAGUCAUUAUCUACCUACUUUCACAGCUAAAAGACAUAAACACCAUAGAUGUACGAGUGUUUUUAACCAGCAGGCCCGACUUGCCUAUCCUCUCUACAUUCAAAAAGUUAUCAGAUGAUACAUAUGAAGAUGUAUCGUUGCAUGAGGUGCCAAAGAUUGAGCACGAUAUUUCACUCUUCCUACGACACAAACUUUGCGAGAUACAAGAGCGGGAUGAACUGUGCCUUCCAGAAGAAUGGCCAGGUGAGGAGAACCUUGAGAAGCUUGUUAAAAGAGCCAUGCCACUAUUCAUCUACGCUGCCACAUUAUGUAGGUUUAUUGGAGACGAAUUAUGGGAUCCUGACGAGCAGAUUGAACAAGUUCUCAACUAUCAGACUAAUUGGGAGACUUCACAGCUACAAAUGACCUAUCUUCCUGUCCUGAACCAGCUGGUCGUCGGGCAAAACCCUACUCAAAAGAAAAAAUUAGUCGAUGAAUUUCGACAAAUAGUAGGCACAAUUGUUAAUCUUGCUAGCCCGAUGUCCGCUUCAUCUCUAGCACGCUUGUUGUCUCUCCCAGAAAGAGUCGUGAAUUGCAGGUUAAGGCCGUUACAAUCCGUUCUCGACAUACCUAACAACCCCGAUAAUCCGAUAAGAACAUUUCAUUUAUCUUUUCGCGAUUUCCUUCUUGAUCGAUCCCUCCAGGAAAAGAACCCAUUCUGGGUAGACGAAAGCGAAUCGCAUAGAUUAAUCGCUAUUGGAUGCAUCAACUUGAUGUCAAGUUCCACUGGACCUGGGCUAAGAAGGAAUAUUUGCAACCUACCCUCCCCUGGAAGCCUUAGGGCGGAUAUCAGGGGGGACGUGAUAGAAAAGUAUAUGCCACCGGAACUUCGAUAUGCUUGCCGCUACUGGGUAAGCCACCUGGUAAGGAGCGGCCGUCGCCUGAUUGAUAACGACCAAGCCCACAAAUUUCUUACGAAACAUCUACUACACUGGCUCGAAGCCAUGAGUCUUCUGGAUAUAAAAUUCGAAGUAUCCAAGGCUGUAGAUGACCUGAAGUCGAUCAUAGAUAUAACAAACGGCGCGGAGAUAUAUGCACUAGUCAAUGAUAUGAAAAGAUUCCUGCUUAAAAACCAAGACAUCAUCCACAAAGCACCUCUACAAAUAUAUACUUCAGCUCUUAUCUUUGCGCCUACAACAAGCAUAAUCAGGAAGAUUUUUGAUCCAAAAACCACAGUCCACUGUGUGACCCAGCUGCCUCGCGUCCGAGAUAAAUGGAGUGCACUACUGCAAACAUUGGAAGGACAUAAAUCUCUCGUCAAAUGUGUCGCAUUCUCGCCCAACGGCAAGUUACUCGCGUCUGGAUCAUAUGACAACCUCCUCAAUUUAUGGGAUAUUACGGGAGGAUUAUUACAGACGUUACAUGGGCAUAAAGGUAGGGUCAAUAGUGUCGCGUUCUCACCUAACAGCAAAAUACUCGCGUCUGCAUCUGAUGAUAUGACGAGCAAAUUGUGGGACAUUAGUACGGGAGCACAAUUACAGAAGUUAGGACAUGGAGGUAGGGUCAUUGAUGUUGCAUUCUCACCAAGUAAUGGCGAGAUACUCGCAUCUACAUCAAAUGAUGAGACAAUUAGGUUGUGGAACACUACUACAGGAACCGUACUACAGAUUUUAGAAUGGCGUAAACCAGCCUCCAUCCAACGUGUCGAAUUCUCACCAAAUAAUGGCGAGAUACUUGCAUCUGCAUCAUACGAUGGGGAGAUCAAAUUGUGGAAUACUAUCACAGGAGCACCGUUGCAAACGUUCAAAGGACAUGAAUAUCCCGUCCAUAGUCUCACACUCUCAUCAGACAACGGCGAGGUACUCGCGUCUGCAUCGCGCGAGAGGACAAUCAAAUUCUGGGAUAUAAAUACGGGAACACUAUCACGGACGUUGAAAGGAUGUGAAUAUAACGACACUUGUGUCACACUCUCGUCCAAUGCCAGGAUAAUCGCGUGUGGAUCAAUAAAUGGGACAAUCAAGUUAUGGGAUAUCAUCACGGAAACACCAUUACAGACGUUGAAAGGGCAUACAACUAGCGUCAAUAGCAUCAGCUUUUCGCCCGACAAUAAGUUACUGGCGUCGGCAUCAAGUGAUUACAGCGUCAAACUAUGGGACGUUGCGGACUGUGAGAACAAAGUUGCGGAAUUACUACUGCAGACACCAGAAAAACAUGGCCUCGGUGUUAACAGUGUCGCAUUCUCGCCCGACGGCAAGGUACUCGUGUCGGCAUCGAGCGAUGGGACAAUCAAACUAUGGAGUGCUACAGGUGUACUAUUACAGACACUAAAGGAGCAUGAAGACUCUGUUACAAUUGUCGAAUUCUCACCCGACGGAAGGAUUUUUGCGUCCGCAUCAAGAGAUAAUACGAUCAAAUUUUGGGAUACUACAGGAAUACUACUACAGACACUGACUGAAAAUGAUUGGGUUACGGCUAUCAAAUUCUCGCCCGACGGCCAAAAACUCGCGUCCAUAACGUGCUAUCAAUUCCUGAUCAAAUUAUGGGACACUAGCGCUACUGCAAAAUUUUUAUGGACCUCGAACAUACAUGAAACCUGGAUUAGAGAUUACACGUUCUCACCCGAUGGCAAAAUACUCGCGUCCGCAGCAGAUGAUGAAACGAUUGGUCUCUGGGAUACGAGUACAGGACAAGUCCUCCGGACAAUCCAUGUACCCGGAAGUAAUGAUCUAAUAUUUAGAGGGAUUGAAUUUUCGCCCGAUAGCAAAGUAAUCGCUUCAAGAUUGGGAGGUGGGGCGCGCGCGACAGUCCAGCUAUGGAACACAGCUACAGGAGUGUUAUUGCAAACGCUAGGUAUAGGAACAAGUAAAGAUUGGGUCCAUGAUUUGGCUUUCUCGCCCAACCGCCAAGGCGAUCGAUACAUCGAUACCGAUAUCAAAUCUUUAUACCGAACAGUUUUCUCUUUAGGAGGUGUUGAAAAUCCUAAUAAUCCUGAGUUUCAGCCUGCUGGGCCAGUAACUCCUCAUGGUGAAUGGCUGGCCCGAAAUGGAGAAAAGCUUAUAUGGCUUCCACAUGAUUACAGAUCCCAGUGUUCAGCGGUACAUGGUAGCACGAUUGUUUUAGGUCACUAUUCCGGUGGUGUUUCAUUUUUCACAUUUAGAACUUGA